AUGCUGUUGUUGAUGCUGGUGGUGGCGGCGGCUGCGGGGCUCUGCCCGUCGGCCAGAGCUCAACCGCUGUGCGGUGUUCGCACGGUGAGGACAGGAAAAGUGUUUAAAGGUAUACAGCAAGUUUAUGGGGACAUUUUGUAUUUUUCAUCUACAACAACAUGCUUGAUUAAACAUCCUUGCAAGGAAAAUUUAGCAGUAUAUCUAGGAAGACAAGUUUUUUUCACAAGGGAUAACUUUGAGAGUAGUCUUCUUCCAUUUACCAUCCCUACAUCAAUCAAGGUUGGUGUGCCGGAAGUAACAUCAGCACAUUUUGCUGGUUCAUUUUUGCUGUUUGUAGUGAAUCAAAAAGUCUAUAUUUAUGAUUACGAACAUGAGUACUGGCUCUCAGCUUUAGGUAUAAAACACCCUGUUUCACAUAUUUCUGGCGAUAAUUGCUGUUAUGUUGAAAGUACCUUUUGCACAGAGAUGAGUAAAUCAGUGUUCGCAUAUUUGCGUGGAGAUCAGAUGUCUCAGACCAAUAUAUAUUUUUCAAAUGAUGGGGGACACCAUUUUCACAAGUUUAGCUAUGAAAGACAGGCAGAAUUAGUUGGAUCUUUGGGUGGAGUCUUUCACUUUCACUCCUUGUCCGAGGUUGGGCUGCUUGUCAUUGAUCAAGGCAAGGGCAAGUUCAAGUACUCAGACCACCCCCUCAACCGGAGUUUUGGGCUGCCCUUUGACUACAAUGGAACCCUUGAUAUCCUCAUGCCCCCGGGUCAGAGAGGCAUUCUGAUCCUCUGGUUUGAGAACAGCCUGCUGGUCUCCCAUAACGCAGGUCAGCUUGUCAGCCCUAUCCAGGUGCAACAAGGAGGCCAGACCUUGUAUCCUUCCAUUUACGGAGCCAACAUCACCAUCCACAACAUCGCUGCCAAUGAGAAUGAAUUGGCAGUUUUAACCCGGGAAGAUAAUUUGUAUUAUGGCAGUCUGGGAGUCUUGUCAAAUUCUAUAAUUAAAUUUGCAGACCAACAAAUCUGGUCCGAAGGGGCAGCCCUGAUGUUCACGGGUACAGGGAUGCUUGACAUACUGACCCCACUUCUCGAUGCGAAUUUUUCAGCUUUCGAUUUCCAGAAGUGCUCCGUGAAUAUUCAAGCGAUUCUUAUGGAUCCCCAACUCCAAGUUGAAAAGUGCAAAAUAGAAGUUCUGGAAGGAGACUUCGAAGACCAAAUGUAUACCAUUGAUAUGAACGGCAAGUUGGUGUUGACCGCCAUUUUAAUACCCCGGCUGGGCACAUCCCUGGUUCCUCUAGUAAUGGUGAGCAACCCACACUCCCUGGGGCUGCAGGCCAACUUCUUCGAGGAGAAAGUCACCUAUAACUGGAACAUCAAGUACAGACUGGAAAUUUACCUGAAGCAGCAGCACCUCUGGGGCAGGACCGACCCCAAUUUCACUUCCAGCUUAAAGCGACCCACCACAUCUACCUUAACUGUGGACGUAGCCAACAAGGAAAUUUCGUGCAUAGAUAACAAGCCACUGUCGACGCUCAUUUCAGUUGGCUGUGACCUGGACAAAAAGAUCAUCGUUCAGAAAGGAAUUUCGGCCUGCUCCAAGGGCAUCCUUGACCCUGUGGCCCUUCAGGACAACUACAGCUACGUCAUCGAGAAGGAAUUCUACAGCCCCACCUUCCACGGGGUGAAGACGGACCUGGUGGUGAAGUACCCAUACCAGGAGCUGGGCUGUCCUCACCUCGUCUACUACAACACCCCCUGGAAGCCCGUGGUUGAACUGUGGCGGGAAGGUCGUUUCCAGGAGGUGGUGGAAGCCGAGUACGUGGUGCGGGAGGCGUACGGGCAGGUCGCCUACACCUACUCCCUGACGGCCAGCUCCGCGCUCUGCGUCUCGCAGCCGCAGAACUGGACCACGAUGGAGGAAUCGAGACGCGGCGGGGAGCGCUUCUUCUGGAACAGAGAGAACUACAUGAGCUGCCACGAUCCCAACAGCAAUGCUCCCCUGCAGUGGCCCAAUGUCGAGUAUCAGAUCUUGGGUGGCCCAACAGCAAACCAGAUCAUUUUCAAACAAAGGAACGGAAUCUACAUCUUCUUCCUUUCCAUCGUGGAUCCGUAUUACAGCUACUGUCACCUGUCGACUGUCUUCAGCAUCUACGUCUAUGGGGCCUACCCGCUGCCCAUCGUCCCUCCCCAGUUCACCAUCUUCCUGCUGGUGACAAGCACCCUGCUGUCCGUGUGGCUGGCCUACACGAUCCCCAACUUUCUGCGCACCGAGCGGGGCCGCAGGAUCAAGACGUUCUGGAGUGACCUGUGCUGGGGCUGCAAAAAGCUGUGCAGGUGCCACCGGGGCAGGAGCUGA